UGGACAGAUGAAAUAAAAGAUGCAUACAGAUAUACAUUAUCUAAACCUGGUGCAUGGACGGCUAGUAUCAACUACUAUCGAUCUUCUCUCUUGUAUGGAGAUCAACAACCAUGGAAGAGAAAAGCAAAGAAAACUCUCCCCAUGCCAACACUUGUUGUUUGGGUACGUUGACAACUUUAUCUUGCACGUUCCAACAAGAACAUUGAACUUCCUUGGCUAGUGUAUGGUACCUGUACAGAAGAUUAAAAACAGUAAAACAAUUGGACUUGAGACGACAAAACAUGUUGCUCUUUCAUAGUGAAGCGAGAAAAGCGACCGUGGUUUUACUGUUAAAACACCUUUACUCUAACUCUCAUCCUUUAACUGUUCCUGAUUCUAAUAAUUAGCCAACCCUUUCAUUAGCCUUAACCCUAUAAUUUAUGCAAAGCUGUGUAUUAUUAGGGAGACAAAGAUAAAGCCCUUGAUGUAAGUUUAUUGAAUGGUCUGGAUCAGUACGUCGAAAAUUUGACCAUAAAGUACGGGUAUUUUUGUGUUGUUUUGUUUGGUUUUUCGUUUUAUUUUGUGUUGAGUUUGGAUGAAGCGUUUAUAUAUGGAAAAUUUUACCCCACUCGACUUUUAUCUCACCUAGCCGAGCUGGCGGCUUGUCACUCACACGAACACACAAUGAACUGGUAAUAACCUACUGUAACUACUGCUUAAACCGUGUCUUGACUUUUAGGAUAGUUGAAGGAGCAACUCAUUGGGUACAACAUGAUGAACCAGAUAUUGUAAACCGUCAUGUACGACAGUUUCUUCAAAAUUGUCAGUAA